AUGCUGACGAAGUGUUCCCUCCCACGCCUCCGUAUACGCGGUGGCGUUUACCGGAAGCAGCUGAGCGAGAGCGCAGACGACGAGAGUGGUGGCCUCGUCACUCAUCAAGCUCGCUACAACUGGAAGGCGGUAUCUUGCCGCAUUUGCAAGGACGCGUUUUUGCUUGAACUGUGUGUGCAAGCCGACACAACUGAGGUGUCUAUUAACCACCACCAGGAACUUCAAAGGAUGGUCUACGGGGGUACUAGUGCGAUAAACAUUCCAUGCCAAGAGACAACUGAUUGUGACGGUUCUUUUGGAUCUCCAAGAUCGUAUGUGAACAUACCACACGUUCCUCAAGCUGAAGAUUUACGAACGAUUAUGCGCCGAGAUUCUGAGGCACCGCAUGAACUGGAAGUGGAAGAAAAUUUUACUGCUGAAGCCAUAGUGGAAUCUGGAGAGCGCGGCGCAGCCGAAAACAAGUCGGCUCCUGUAGCGGAACCGAAUCCCAUCGAGUUGUUGCCUGGUGAAUCAAUCAAGGCGGAUGACGAGUUUGAAGGGGAGCUUCGAGCCAUUCUUACUGAUUAUAGAAUCUGCCUUAUCGCACCUAAUAAUCGAGCUAUGCGUGUGAUCCUGAUAGUGGCCAUAGAAUCCAUUGAUUUCCGUGAUCCUGUACAGAUUAUCAUCAGCUGCAAGGAAGGUCGUGUUGCUUGCUUGCGAGCCAAGUCCACGGAAAGCGCAAUUGCCUGGCAUAAAAUGCUUUAUAAGGCAGCCAAUAGAGCUACAUGUCAAGAGCUCUUUGCCUGGAACUUUGCUAAAGAGGUUAAUGAGGUUCCAGUCCCAUGGCUAUCGAGCGAUCUACCCGUGGAUGAUGAAGUUCUUGUGCGUAGAGAAUUCGAACGCCUCGACUAUGACCGUGAUCAUUUUAGGAUCUCAGAUGAUAACAAAGAUUUCAAGCUUUCUCCCACAUACCCUGAAUACAUGGUCAUUCCAAAGGAAAUAAGUCAUAAAGACCUUGUAGAUGGGAAGGAUUUUCGUUUUCUACAACGUUGGCCAGCUGUAGUUUGGAAGUGUAAGGAAACGAGAGCGGUUCUUCUGCGUAGUAGUCAGCCAAGGCUUAGUUUGUUUGGUUGGAGGAACAACGCCGAUGAGAAAUUUUUCGAACUGGUUCACAACUAUCUCGACACCUAUCUACCAGGCAAAGAUAUACUCAUCAUGGAUGCUAGAUCGUAUGCCGCAGCAUGGGCUAAUCGAGCCAAAGGAGGAGGCUUUGAGCAUCCAGAGUACUAUCAGCGAACCCGAGUAGACUGGCUUGCAUUACCGAAUAUUCACAAUGUUCGCUACUCAUUCCAUCAACUUCGUGCUCUGCUGUGUUCUGAUCAGAAUAAAACGGGCAACGCAUAUCAUACGGCGUUAGAUAGUACAUGCUGGCUGACAUACAUAAAAGACCUCAUCAAUUCCGCCCAAAAAUGUGUGGACACGCUUUUUGACGGGCAGUCUGUUCUCGUACACUGUUCUGACGGUUGGGAUCGCACCACUCAGAUUAUUUCUCUUGCGAAAUUGUUGGGUGAUGAGUACUAUAGAACUGUCCAGGGCUUUGAAGAGCUGAUACGCCUUGAAUGGGUUGCAUUUGGCCACAAAUUCGCUGAUCGUAAUGGUAUUGCUGGCACGAACACGAACGAACAGUCGCCAAUCUUCCUGCAGUUCCUUGAUGCCGUUCAUCAAAUUCAAGAUCAAUUCCCGACAGCCUUCGAAUUCAACAAGCAGUACCUGAUCAAGCUCGCACAACAUGCUUACUCCGGUCUCUUCGGAACGUUCCUCUUCAACUCCAGACGAGAGUCUAAAAUGAUGAAAAAAGAGAUGCAAGCGGAGCCAAUUUCAAUCUGGAGGUUCCUCGGAAAACAUAACGAGCAUGUCGUCAGCUCUUUUUAUGACAAAACAAUUGUCGGAAGAAUUACGCCCAGCACGGAGAUGAGCCGCUUGACUGAGUGGAAUGAGGUGUACCGAGACUGUUCUUUCGAUGAUGACAUACCACGUCCAGUGUCUAUACAACCACCACCUAAAGAAGCAUGCCCUAACACUUGCUCAGGAAUAAACCCUGCAGUCCCACUGCAAAAAAGCAAGAGCAGCGAAAGCAUUAAUUCGAUUACGAAUGUGGAUGCUGCCAAUAUGAAUGGCAUAAUCAAUCAUGCUGGCUCCAAUGGAACCAUUAAUGUUACAUCUUCUGAACAUAAUCUCAUGGACACAUCAAUGGUGGCGCUGAGUGAAGUAGUGAAUGCGCCACCGCCACCGACUAGUAUUAGGCGUGAUGCUUCACAUGCUCAGUUUAAGUCACCUUUAUAUCCUUGGAAAACUAUUCAAGAAAGCCAGGAUAAAGAUGGUCUUAUCAAAUUCUUUGACUCGCUCGAGGAAUUCACACGCGCUUACAAUAAGGCUCGUCAAUUGGAGCUCGAACGACUGCAACAAGAUCAGUUGAAAAGAAAUCGCAGUUUCUCUGAACGUGUGAGCCCUGGCAAUAAUCAUGAAGCAUUCAGUAGAAUGAUUUCGAUCGGCGAUGCUGAUUCCGAUGGGAUUAGCCUUUACCGAGCAUCAUCGGACCUGUCCGUGGUGGAGUCAGGCGAAGUUCCAAGACAAUCGAGCGGCAUCUCUUUGAAACGAAACACCAACUGUGAACUCUGUAAUAAAGAAUACCCUUUGAUUAGCGUGCUGAAGCCGGAAGAUGCGGAGCACCGGUGCAGGUUCUGUCAACGAUCCGUCUGUCAACAGUGUUCGAGUCAUUGCUAUCAUACUACAAAAGAUGAUGGAACAGGUGUACAAUGUCGAAUGUGUGACCGGUGUUACGAGCAGUUGAGCCCAGCUACUCCAGAUAAACCGGAUGAGGAUAAGUUGCAGGAGGACGUCUCACUCAUCAGUCUGAGCCCUUCGUCGCCUCGGCGCUCAUCCUCUUUGGGUGACAAGAAAUUCUCCUCAACGUUCUCGUACAUGGGAUCGCCCGGUCAAGCAGUGAAAGGAUGAGCGCGAUUUGGCGUCACGUACCGAUCUACGUCGACGUCCUUGUCGGUUCAACAUCGUUUGGAGACGCGUCGUACUCUGCUUUGUUUGUAAGAGCUCAUCUUUCGCACUGGUUGCUUCAUUCAUCAUUUUCAUCGGGAUAACAACAGAUGAAUAACUCGGCUUCGAUAAUAACGCAUGGAGCAGAAGCACUACUGUUUAUCUCUAAUGAAAAAUCCAUACAUCAUGUACUUUUGUAAAUAUAGAGCAAUCUUUUUGUGUAAGAGUCCAGAUAGAGUUUAUUCGUAGUUGGGGUCGGUUGUUUAGACUUGCGUCGUUAUAACGUUUCCCACUGCUUCUGUUCCUCUCCUCUCAUAGUUCCAUAUCUCGACACUCUAGAUUGCUUCAUCCAUGUUACGGUUCCAAUAGUUUUUGUACCAUAAUCGUUUCUAGUAUCGUAGCUGCAUAUGUGCAACCGAGGUCUCCAACGACACUCGCGCGUCCAGGCAUUGUAAAUGCGCUACCCCCCCCCCCCCUCCCCCGUCUUUAUAAUUUCUAAAAUUCGCACAAUGUGCCGUUUAACCACACCUCCUAUUCUUUCGUUCAAACUUUAACGCUUCGGGUAGAAACUGCGGGUUUCUAGGAAACCGUUUUGUAGUUUUAGCAGCUCUUCAUACCAUUCGGGGCGUUUCCAAUGCGAUAAACACGCUGUUCAUGACACACUCGCGCUCGCCAUGGAACUGCAGGCUUGCAAGAAAGCGCUAAAGAAGUAUGGACAGGUUCUGUGCUGACUACGAAACUCUGGAACGUCGUUCCUAAUUGAAUGGUCAUCGAGUCGAAAACUAGCUCUGCACCAUUGCUAAGUGACACUUUGAAAAAGGCAGCUGAGUAGAUCUGUGAAACUGGUCCAGCCACUCAACUCACUGACCUUUCCAUACUUCUUAUCAAAAGCGCUGCGCCUGCAAAUUAUCCCCACGUAUAUACUUCCUCUUUUCUCUCUUUUCCCAGAGUAAAAAACCGUCAACGAAGAGCUCUUACUGCUAGGAAUCGCGAGUGGUGCGUGUGUCCGGUUUACACAUAUGUAUGUGCUUGUGUCAAUCUUCGAGGACCGGCUUGUAAAUGUCCUUCACUUUUGCCUACAUGGUCUGUGAUCGUAGACGUUGUAACCGUAGCGCGGUUUCGUUUUUGGUAGUUGUAAAGUGCAUGUUAAGAGGAUGUAGAGUGGAAGAAAGCAUUGAGCAAAUGAGAUCUGCUAGAGUGCUUCCUGCCAUCUCGUCCAGUUUAGGCCUGUAACAUAUAAUCGUUAUUUAUCUAGACCUAAGAAUAUCUAAGUAUAUUAGGUGUCUAGUACGAGCUACAAAAUCCUAUGUCGAGUGAAUCCUUUGCUCAUCUGAUUUUUUGAGAAUGAAGAUGUUAAAUAUGAUUUUGUGAAGUGUUACCACAUGUCU